CAUCAUCUUUGGAUCAUCAGCUAAUCUAAUUUGCCUAAUUUUAAGUGAAAAACGAUAACGACAACGACAUUGCCGGAAUCGUCACACACACACACACGAAUCAUGAAUCAAUUAACUGUUAUGCUGAAUGGUAAUACAACAGCAGCAGCAGCAACUAAUCAAAAUGCUGCUGCAAAUCAUCAAUAUUUUACAUUUCAAACAACAAAUCCUCAACAACAACAAACAGGUUCAACAAUUAAUCAACAACAACAACAAACGGCUACUGGUGUUUCAAUUGAUCAACAACAACAACAACAAUUGAUUACAAUACCGGCAGCAGCAUUUGCAUCAACAACACCACCUGUAUCCGGAACAAAUAUUAUGUUGACCAAUAAUAAUAAUGGUGGACAACAACAACAAAUGUUAGCCGCAUCAACAAAUCAUCAGGGAUUUUUACAACAAGCAUCAAAUAUUUCACAACAAACACCGGCUACAAUACAAUAUAUAAUUACACCCACAUUGCAACAACAACAACAACAACAAACACUUCAAAAUCAUCAACAACCUUAUGGUGGUUUAAUAUCCAAUUUGAUGGCACCUAAUCAUCAGAUAAAUAUGAUACCAUUCAAUCAGGCAACAACAACAUUACAGGGAACAAUAUUACAGCCACAAUUAAUAGCUAAUGGAUUACAACCAACAUUUAUUCAACAACAACAACCAACAUCAACGUUUCAUAUACAAACGGCUGCUGGUACGAAUUCUAUUACGAAUAACGGUACGCCUACGGCCCAAACGCAAUUGUUUCAACAACAACAACAACCACAACAACAAUUUCAAGUGAUAACAGCAACACCUCAACAACAACAACCAUCAAAUCAUAGUGCAUUGACCAAUAAUAAUAAUGGUGCAAUAACAUUUCAAACAAAUCAAUUGAUCGGUUUACAACCAUCAUCGAUUUCUAAUCAGAUUGGUCAAUUGAAUCAACAACAACAACAGUUUAUUUUGAAUCCAACGAUAACAUCGACAACGCAUCAACCGCAACAACAGCAACAACUAUAUCAAUUAGUUUUACCAUCAAAUCAUCAGUUUUUACAAUCGGCAACAAUGUUUCAACAACCAACAACAUCGAUGAUAACAUCCGCUGGACAAUUAAUAACUCAUCAACAACAACAACCGACUGCAAUAACGGUGCCUAUACAACAACAACAGCAACAACAAAUUCAUCAAAAUGGAACAUUAUUAACAACCGGUAAUCUUACAUUUCCAAUUGGUCAACAACAGCAACUUAUGGGAACAUUUUUAACGCAACCGCCAGUGCAACAAACUUCAACAUUACCAACAAUGAAUUCUGCCAUUAUUCAUUCACCGCAACAACAUCAACAACAACAAUCAUCCAAUAUUUUCAAUCAAUUAACAAUACAGCCAUGUUCUUCAGCAAAUUAUCAUCAACAACAACAACAACAAAAUAAUUCAAAUACAAUUACAUUGAUUGCAACAGCAUCGCCUACAAAUAUUACGAAUUUAUCAUCUUCAUCAUCAUCACAAUCAUCGACAAAUGUCACGACAUCAUUAUCAUCAUCAUCUAUGAAUGUUAGUGGUCAUCAUCUGCCACAUCAACCAACAUCUUCGGUGGUCAAUAAUAAUUCAUCAGUUAAUAACAUCAACAACAAUUCAACAUCGACUACAGCAAUGAUGGUUUUUACAUGUUCAAAUGCUGCUGCUGCUGCUGCCGCAGCAUCAUUAUCAUCAACAGCUACAAAUACAAGUGAUACCGGCAAACAACAAUCACCAUUGAUAAUGUUUGAUCAGCAUCAUCAUCACAACAAACCAACAUCGAUCAAAUCAAUAAACAAAAAAAGUUUUUUAGAAUGUCCACCAACAUUGAAUUCGAAUGGAUGUCGAUCAUCAUCAUCAUCAUCAUCAUCAUCAUCAUCAACAUCGACAACAACAAUAACUUCAGGUCAAACUGGAUUCCCAUCCAAGGCAUGUACUAAAGAAGAAAAUCAUAUUAUGAAUUCAACAUCAACAUCGACAAUAAUUACGCCCAAAUUAUCUUUUACCAAUGUUGAACAUUUUGAUAGUAAUAAUGUGAAAAAAGAUUCUGCCAAUCAUCAUGAUCAUGAUCAAAAUACGCCAUCUUCUGAAGAAAAUAGUCAAAAUACAACGGUGAAUGACCAGAAAAUGACUGAAAAAGAUGAUUUGAAUGAAAAAUUGAAUAGAUUAUCAUCAUUAUCACCACCUACACCAUCGAUAGAAACAACAUCGUUAGCAACAUCACCAAGUCAAACAUCAUCAACUAUUAUUCAAAGACCAUCAUCGGUUACUUCAUCAUGUGGUUCAUUGAAAAUAGCCGACGAUGAUGAUGAUGAUGAUGAUGAUGAUGACGACGAUGAUAAUGAUGUGGAUGAUGAUUAUGCGGAUGAAUAUGAUGGUGGCGGUAAUGGUGAAAAUAAUAAUAAUCAAAAAUCGAAUCAAAAUGGAAAUGAAAAUGAUGAAAAAAAUCAACAUCCUAAUGUAAAAAUAAGUCGAAAACGAGCUAGAUCAAUCGAUAGUUUGAUAAAUGAUGAUGAUGAUAGUACGGAUGAAACGGAAGAAAUGGAUCUUGAUAGUGUUGCAACCGAAAUCGAUAGUGAUUGUUGUAGUCAUAAAGCUGUUAAUAAUAAUAAACAAGAAUCGGAUACGACUAUAUCGACUAUAACAACAACAAAAACAACAUCAGCCACUAUAACCGAUUCGCGAAUAGAAUCAUUGAAUAAUGUUAAUCAACAACAACAUUUGAAUAAAAAAUCAAAUGAUGAAACAAAAGAUGGUUAUCAAAGUAGUUAUAGUGGUUCACCAUGUCAUUUUACCGAUACUGAAGAUGAAGAAGAAGAAGAUGAUGAUGCUGAUAAUGUAAAUGUCGCCUCAAAUUUAAUUACAAAUGGACAAUUGUCAAUUGAAUCAAUGAAUGGUGAAAUGAAAUUAAUACGUCGUAAUGGUCUUACACAAGCUGCAUAUAAUCUAAUUAAUAAUCGUAUUUUAAUGAGUAGCGAAGAUGAUAAUCUAACAAUUGCAUCGAUUGAAUCAACACAAACUAAUGAUGAAAUAUCAGCUAUAAAUGUUAAUAAACAAAAUAAUAAUAAUGAAAAACAAUCAUCAUCGUCGUCGUCUUCGUCUUCGAAUAACAACAAUGAUUCAACCACGAAUCGAAUAUCCAUUCAGAUACAAACAUCAUCAAUAUCAUCACCAUGUUCUAUUCAUUCGAAUGGUAGUAGUUUGAUUGAUACAACAACUGAAUUAUCGACAACACCUACACCAACAUCAUCUUCAUCAUCAUCAAAUCCACCAUUGAUCUCAUCAAAAGAACGAGCUAUUUGGACACCAGAAGAACAACAGCUGGCAAAUGAAAUACAAGAAUUUGCUAAAACAUUUAAACUUUGUCGAUUAUCAUUAGGUUUGACACAAUCACAAGUUGGACAAGAAUUAAGUGCAUUAGGUCCUUGUUAUAGUCAAAGUGCAAUAUGCAGAUUUGAAAAACUUGAUAUUACACUGAAAAGUGCUAAAAAAAUUAAACCAGUAUUAGAAAAUUGGAUGCGUGAAGCGGAAGAAAAAUAUCGUCAUAAUAAAAUUAUUGGAAAUGUUGUAACACCAGAAGCAUUGGUUAAUGGAUUAAAUAAUUUUUGUAAAGAUAAGGAUAAUAAUUUAUUAUCAUCAUCGUCUUCAUUGUCGAUAGCACCAUUAUCAUCGUUUAAAAUAAGUUCAGCAUUAGAAUUAGUCAACAAUAUUGGUGCUAAAAAUCAUAAUCAUAACAACAACAACAACAAUCCAAAUGUCAACAAUGAUCAACGAAUUGGCAUUGUUGAUUCAAUGAAUAAAGAAUCAUCACAAUCACCAUCACCAUCGUCUUCGUCAUCAGCAAUGAUAUCAUCGAAUGUAAACAUUUAUAAAGCAUUUAUGGAAACAAAUAAAAAACGUAAACGUCGUACAUCGUUUACACCAAGCGCUAUUGAUGCAUUGAAUAAUUUUUUUGAACAAAAUAAUCAUCCAAAUGGUGAAGAAAUGACAAAAAUAUCUGAAAUAUUAAAUUAUGAUCGUGAUGUUGUACGUGUUUGGUUCUGUAAUAAACGACAAGCAACAAAAGCAAAAUGUAAAAAUGAUUUAGACAAUUCAACAACAACGAUAAAUUCUAAUCAAUCACAAUCAAUAUCAUCGAUAAAUAAUGAUCAAAAAUCAAAUAAUUCCGGUACGAAAGUCACUUUAUUAUCAACGAAUGAUGUAAAGACAUCAUCAUUGGAGACGAUGCCAUUAGGACAAUCAUCAUCUUCAUAUACAAACUUAACACUGCCACAGCCAUCAUCAUCAAUUGGUGAUGGUGGUCAUAAUCAAUUUUUUCGUCCAAUACAUCCAUCACAUGGACAAGCAUUACGAAGCUCUUUAUCGAAUGUUAUUGGAAUGACCAAUGGUCAUGAUUCAAUACCAUCCGUAGCAAAUAUUGCACCAUUUAGUUUAGGACGAUCAACAACGACGACAACAACAACAAAUUCCAUUGCCAAUGAAAAUCAUUCAAAAAUUAAAGAUAUGGAGAAAAAAAUUAUUAAAUAAUUUCAUU